UCAAAUUUUGCAAAACAGUAUCAAUUAGAGAAUGACAUACGAGCUCUUCAUCAGAAGAAUAUGAGUAUUCAAGAGUUUUAUUCUGCUAUGACAGAUCUUUGGGAUCAAUUGGCUCUUACAGAAUCAGCAGAAUUAAAGGCAUGUGGUGCCUAUAUUGAGCGUAGAGAGCAGCAACGAUUGGUACAGUUUUUAACAGCGCUUCGUAGUGACUUCGAAGGACUUAGAGGUUCAAUUCUGCAUCGUACUCCACUGCCUUCUGUUGACUCUGUUGUCAGUGAGUUAUUGGCUGAAGAAAUACGUCUUCAGUCUUAUUCUGAAAAGGGAAUUCUUUCUGCUUCAAAUCCUUCUGUACUAGCAGUACCUUCUAAGCCAUUCUCUAAUAAUCAAAACAAGCCUUACACAAGGGUUGGCUUUGAUGAGUGCAGUUUCUGUAAGCAGAGAGGUCAUUGGAAGGCUCAGUGUCCUAAGUUGAGACAGCAGAAUCAAGCUUGGAAGUCUAGCAGUCAGUCACAAUCUAAUGCUCAUCGACCACCUCAGGGUUAUAAACCACCACACCACAAUACUGCAGCAGUAGCUUCCCCAGGCUCUAUUACCGAUCCUAAUACUUUAGCUGAGCAAUUUCAGAAGUUUCUCUCCUUGCAGCCACAAGCAAUGUCCGCUUCUUCCAUAGGUCAGUUGCCUCAUAAUUCCUCAGGAUCUGCAGUCUCAGAAGCUGAUUGGGACAGGCCGUAGGGAGAAUGGACUAUAUAUUUUGGAUGAGUUAAAAGUGCCAGUUGCUGCUGCUACUACUGCUGAUUUGUCUUCUUUUCGUUUGAGUCUUUCAUCUUCUAGUUUUUAUUUAUGGCAUUCCCGUCUAGGUCAUGUUUCAUUUUCUCGUUUGAGAUUUUUGGCAUCCACAGGAGCUUUAGGAAAUUUGAAAACUUGUGACAUUUCUGAUUGUAGUGGAUGUAA